CUGCUACCUCCUUUUGCACUCGCUCUGCAAUCUAGUACCAUCCUAGAAGUCUCGCCUGGAAAUCCCCAAUUUUCGCUCGCCACCUUCGCCAUGCUUGCAACCCAAAUCGUCCGGCAGGCGCAUCUCGCCAUCCUGGUGGCUCUUACCACCCUGGCGCUGUCCGAGAAUGUCCACGCCCUCCCUGAACAGGAGGCGCUAGCCGAGCGAGCAAUUGGCGGUAGAUCUUCUAAGACCUACACUUUCACUCAGCGGGCCUGUACGACGCUGCUCGGCUCCAAGGCCGUCAGACCAGUCCCUACGGCUACGACAACGAAGCUCAGCGUGACUGUUGGGUUCCCAAUCUUCGAGUACGCGAAGCCGACCAUCACCGUGACGCCUGCAGCGACAACCACGACUACCACGUCUACCGUUACGUCGACUUCAACCGUCAACAAUCCCGCCAACACUGACACCGCAACGGAAACCGAUACGAUUACAACCACUACGACGGUUACAGAGACCUCGACAACCCAGACACAGCUACCCGAAGUAACGAUCACGACGACCGUUACUCCGACCACUACCCUCGUUCUUCCCAACUUCACGCCUGCUGCGAGUGCACCCGGUCUCCAGGGCCACACGUACGCGCGUCGCGGUCUAGGGCAGCUGGAAGCGGCUAGGCCCCGCAUACCUAGAGCGUUGUCUGGCUCCAGUCGCGCAGAGUCGCUGAAUGAACUUGCCGCGCGUGCCACGGGUCAGAGCCUGCAACUGGGCCCUAACAACACCCUUCAGUACAGCAACAAGAAGAAAUGCUACCCUCAGUCUGUCAAGUGCAAGAAAGCGAUAGAGAAGGUGGCGGUCACAACGUACACCGUCGCAGGCAAGCGCACCGUGACGCGAGCAGCGCCCACUCCUACUUCGACCAGUGAGGUCACCACAACAGUCACAUCUACCACAACUAUUCAGCCCAGCGAUGCUACUACCACAGUGACUGUCACAACUACCAACACCCAGACCAGCACCACGUCCACCACGACGACGGAGACGUUGCCCGCAACUACCAAGACCGAGACUGCUCAGGCGCCAUUAGUCACAGUCAAUGCGGCCUGCCAAGCCAACAACCUCAUUAGAUCAGUCGACAACGUGAACAUAGGUCAGGUAGACGUCAACCCAGGUAGCGACCUUGACUAUUCAGGCGGUGCAACCGCGAGCAGCCCUGAAGCGUGUUGCGCUGCAUGUGCGUCGAGUGCGACGUGCCAAACCUUUGCGCAUUUGGACGACAAUUGCUACAUGUUCAAAUCGAGAGAUGGGAGAUGCUCGGCAAAUGAAAGUGGAUCGCUGUACUACACAAACCAAAAUAGUCCUGGAUUGCUCACGGUGGGAAAUGGGCCUUGUGGAUAUGCAAACUUUGGCGGUCGGCAGGCUUGAAGUUGACAAGCAUCUGCUUGUCCUCCUCUUCGCCUCCGCACAACGUCACUCGGUCGGGUCGGGUCGAUUCGCACCUUUCUCGUGUUCUUGCAACCUCCAUUCUCCCGCCCUCUUUUCGCCCGUCACCAGCAUUUGCCUUCAUCUGCAUUCAUUACU